AGUAUACCAUAUCAGUAUAUCAUACUUUUCACUUCAUGUUUCAUAUUUCACACAAAAAAUAUAAUCUAUAAAUAAUAAUUUUAACCAUUUACUCAAUGAUGGUAACACACUGUGCAUCGCAGAGAAUCAGUGGCUGUCAAAAGACUCUCCUCAUUCAAAGUGUUGUGUCUCGUUUUUGUAGUUCGUUUUUGCAGCAUCCGACGCGUUUCUCUACGAAAAUUCUGAUUCGUAUUCGAAAAAUGGCUCGCAAGAGACAACACGUAGCACAGAAACGCGUAUUGAAGAAGGCCACGGACAAAAAUGUGGGUUUUGUCGUUCAGGCGCUCCCGGAACUAAAGCGGGAAAUUUCGACAACACAGGAGUCGAAAUCAGUACCACGUAAAAGUAAAUCGGCAGGUAGUACAAAAUCUAUCGAUGUACAGCCGAAAGCGGCAGAUGGCGAAGCGGUCACGAUCGCAACAUACGAUUUUAAUAAGUUUUCGAAUGCUGAAGACGUCGAUAUGGGAGAGCCUUUACCGCCACCACAGCCGCAGACAGCACGCACAUACAGCCGGAAAAGAUCCAUCGAUCAGCUGAUCCAGGAAUGGGAGACAGCUCCAGGAUCCAGUAACCAGGAGAGCUCUAUUCAGAACGGUCGUAUUGAGACACAUUCCAGCGCGGACAACAGAGUAGAUGAGUUGGGGGAAAAAGGUGUUAUGAGUGCUCCCCAAAAUUGCACUUGUGGAAAGGCCGAAGAAGCAGAAAAGUAUAAGAUGUUGUCAGAAUCCCUACAGAGAGAGAAGGACGCUUUAGUGUUGAAGAAUUCACAGCUAGAAGUUCAAAACGGGAAGCUUUUGGAAUCAUUGACAUCGCAGCUUCUUCCGAAGCCAGAGAAGCCGUUUAAGGAAGAAGAAGGAUUUCUCGACUGUGAGACCCUGCAACGGAUGUCCCAUGAAGCUGGGGACAAAGAUUAUUUGUUCCUGAAAUUUCUGAUGGUGAAGCUCUUUCCGGAGGGACUCGUUGGGCGUUCAGUGACUGGCCGAUCUUCGAAUAACCCUUCCGGCCGUCCGAAGAAAAAGGAUGCUGAAAAUACAGCUGAGGAUAUUGGUUAUGAUUCUCAGGAGCAGCAAGCAUCGAAAGUGCCGUUAGAUCCAGUCAAGGUCAGAUGGAUAAAAAGACGACUAUAUGACCGACGUAUCUUUCUCCGCGAUGAUUGUUCAAUGGCAAAUGCUUGCUACAGAAAUGCAGGUCGUCUAAUGACACGGGUAAUCGCUAAUACCUCAAGAUAACUCCUCGAGAAGAAGCCGCUGCAUUGUAUUUGGCUUCAUAUACUUAAUCGAUUGUUUUAAUUUGUUUCAUGUUGCCGUAUGAAUUUAAAUCUAUCUCAGCUGGCAACUUUGUUUUAUAUUUAAUUUCAAACGUAUUUGUUUCUGUAUUUUGCAAAUGUUGCAAAUCAUGCUUAUAUCUUUUUAAAAAUUGUACCAAUAAAAAGGUUCAAAUGUUCA